AUGGCGGCCCCUCCUUCCCCUCACCGCCAGGAGGAAGCACCUCCACCAAUCAAAUCAAGGGCGGGAACCAGCCUGAGCAAUGGGAGCUGCGGGCGGGGCCGCGCCGCUGAGGAGAUCAACCAAUCAGGAGUGGUGUGGGCGGGGCCAAACAGGAGGAGGGCGGUGGUGCGCGUGCGCAGGCGGCUGAGGCGGGCGGUGAAGCGGCGGCGGCUCCGGGUGGAGGUGGCGGCGAUGGAGCCGGGAUACGGCGGCUACGGCACCUGGAGCACCGGGGCCACCGGCACCCAGGGUUCCUAUGGCACCAACACCAGCAGCUGGCAAGGCUUCGAGGGUUACGAGUUCUACCCCUCGCAAAGCUCCGCCCCCUCAGGAGCCUCCUCCUACAGCUACGGGGGAGGGGCGGCCCCGGCCGGAUCCUGGGACCCUCCCAAGGCUGAGCUGGGGCUGGGAUCCACCGAGGGAUCCACUGGGGCCUCGGGAGCCGCCUUCGGAUCGGGAUCCACCUUUGGAUCAGGAUCCACCUUUGGAGCGGGAUCUGGAGCAGCCUUUGGAUCGGGAUCCACCUUUGGAGCAGGGUCUGGAGCAGCCUUUGGGUCGGGAUCCACCUUUGGAGCUGGGUCUGGAGCUGCCUUCGGAUCGGGAUCCACCGGAUCCAGCUUUGGAUCAGGGUCUGGGACCACCUUUGGGUCAGGAGCCGCUUUUGGAUCAGGAUCUGGAGCCGCUUUUGGAUCAGGAUCUGGAGCCGCUUUUGGAUCAGGAUCUGCUGGAUCCACCUUUGGAUCAGGCUCAGGAUCCACCUUUGGAUCAGGAUCUGGAACCACCUUUGGAUCAGGAUCUGGAACCACCUUUGGCUCAAGCUCAGGAUCCACCUUUGGAUCAGGAUCUGGAACCGCCUUUGCCUCAGGCUCCGCCUUUGCCUCAGGCUCUGGAUCCACCUUUGCCUCGGGAUCUGCUGGAUCCACCUUUGCCUCGGGAUCCACUUUUGCCUCGGGAUCUGGAUCCACUUUUGCCUCGGGCUCUGCCGGAUCCACUUUUGCCUCGGGCUCCGGAUCCGCCUUUGCCUCGGGCUCCGCCCUGGGCUCCUCGGGCUCCUCCAACCCCGACUCCAUCAUCGCCAAGAUCAACCAGAGGCUGGACCUGCUGGCCAAGGAGGGCAGCGCUGGGGACGGGCCUGAGCAGCACCACAGCUCCUUCCGCUUCGACUCCCUGGGCUCCUUCUCCUCGCGGGAUUCCCGGGAUCCCUUCCGGGGGGGGGCUCAGACCAUGGGGAUCCCUUUGGAGCCCCCCCCCCCAAACCGGGUCCCCUUUGGAGCCCCCUUGGGCCGGGCAUUUCUCUUGCCCUAA